AUGCGCGGAAUGAGGGUGGGGCUUGCUGGCACUCCGCCUUUCAUUGCGCACGCGUGGGCCGAGGGUGCUGGGCUCGUUGGGACUUCCGCUUCCCACUGCGCAUGCGGGUCCUGCCCAGGGGCUUGGCGUGGAGCGCUGCUCGCUACAGGGACUCAGCCAUGGCAGGUAAAAACAGCAAACCCAAGCGUUCCAAAGGCAAAAGCUCCAAAAAGAAAGCAAAGAAGGUGGCGAAGGACGUGGAUAUCCUCAGCCCAGCUGCCAUGCUCAACGCCCAUUACAUCUGCCAUAAUGUCCCCGCCUGCCUGGACUUGCGGGGUUUUCCCUGGCCUGGCUCUCCCAAAAAGAAGGGGAAGAGACGAAAGUAGCCAGCUGGCUGGAAAGCAAAGGAUGUGAUGAAAGCCAAGCUCUCCCUGAUAAGAAGAGGCUUUUUUGAACUUUAGACUCAUACCAGUAUCUCCAGCGGUUAGCUCAAAUAUUUUGCCAAUAAGCACUGUUGUGUCCAGACAAAGACACUCUUAUUAUAGCUCAAGCUUACAGUGACAAAUGGCAAGUGACGUUGGUGCCGUUGUAAUUUCAGCUGUGGCCCUCAGACCUUCGUUGUAUGCGGAAUAAAACAUUGAGUGUCAGCAGUCUGAGGGGGUUGUGGUGGGGCUUUACCCAUACCACUGCUGUUCAUACACAGAUGGAAAGUGGUCCCCAAUGUGGGUGCGCCUCCAGUUCUUUCAACCAGUGCUGGUGGAAACUUGAGCUCGGAUAGCAGAUACCAUCAGUGUUAAAUACUUCUGCAACAGCUCUGAGAGUCACCCGGUGCUCCCUUUUUGGGUCAAAAGAGCUGCACUUGGACAGAUAAGCGGUACUUGAACCCGCCGUGAAUGUUCCACUGGUUUUCCUUUGGCUGUAGUGAGAUUCUGGAGAUCUAGCUGAGAUGCUGUCAGUGACGCUGUGUUAAGUGAGAGGCGAUGAUGAGCCCCCCUACCAGGUCUCCCCUUACAGUAAUCGCUGUUGGUCCGAACAUCCUGGCUGGAAACCACGAGCUUUGUGUUACAGAUCAGAAUCGCUUCGCUCCAUUUCCUCCGUGUCUGUUUAAUGCAGCCCUGGGUGAAGCAGUAUGUCAAGUGAAUCUGUGCAUCUCUCCCAGAUUCUUACAGCACACUGGCUGGAAGGAUGCAGUGGGACAAGAGAGGAUGUGUCCUGAACUGACACAGGCUGUGAGACGUGGGAAGGAAUAUGAAAUAGCCAGAAUCUCAGAGAAAGAGUUAGGAAGAGAUAAUCCGAAGUAGGCUAGAGCUACUGGAAGAGGAGAUGUCCCAGUUGUCUCAAAUAUUUGAGCAAAUGGGAGUGUGCAAGACCACUCCCUACACCAAGCAGUAAUGUGAUGUGCACAGGAAGUACUACAUUAGAACUUGAGUUGGUUUCUCAGGGCUGAACAUCUGCAGCCGAGCAGUGUGCCAGCUUGGAGCCAUUCCCCUCAAGGCUGUCUCUGAUUUAACUGCAUGUGGAGGUGCUGCACCUUCCUGACUUCCAGGUAGCUUUGUGUUACAGGCAGCAGAGCAGCCAAUUACAACACGAUUGAAACGAACUGAUCAACACCUGCACAGCUUCAUGCAAUUUCUCCAGUUUAAAGUCUUCCCUCUGUGAAAGAGAUCUUAACUCGAUAAAACCAUGGUUUUGUGGCAUUCGUUGCAGGCCAGCUACCAUCAUGUAGAUUACAUAGGCUACUGUAGUGCUCUACUGAAUUUUUCAUCGACAUGCCAAGAAAAUCAUGGUGGGGACCCUGUUUCCUUGCUGAUUGGCCUGCAGUUGGCAUGUACUGCUGUAUCAGGGAUGUGGUUUGCAGUACCACUUUGCUCUGCCACUUUAGAGUCUUCCUCAGCACUUACUCAAAGUCUCGCUUCCCUAUCACCCACCAGGAAGUCUUUGGUCACAGCGUAUAUUUGCAACUAUUUCCUCCUGCUAACGGUGUUCCAAAGCAAGAGAGGACCAGUUUACUCUCUAUAUUUAGCAUCAUAUACUAAUUGUUAAAAAAUAAAGCAUUCCCUCUUUGUGUGA